UUUUUGGUGCAAUACUUCCAGAUUCUAAUCUUCCUGGAGGACUGAUAAGGUCGGUGACUCGGUAUAAUUAAUUGGUUCUGUUGACCCGGCCAUUCAAUUUAAAUUUCUGAUUGGGACUGUGGGAGAUUACUGCAAUUAUUUAGGUUUACGAAAAGCUUUAAAUAACAUUUUUGUUUGAAUUGGUCGCUGGAAGAAUAAAUCAGGGGACAUGAAAGUCACGAACUCCCUUUAUUUUUUGGUUUAAACAAAAAUCAACUACUUAAUAAGCUCCAAGCUGUGAUUGAAAGCCACAACGCAAUCGUACAAGACGGCCGUAGCUCCGAAAAUGAAGAAAGCGUCUUCUCCCCAUCCCCCUUACACGAACCCAACAAAACAGGUCUCUAAUCUCCAAUAUGAACUAAGCAAGCGCCCUAGCAAAAAUCGUUCUGUCUUGAGCUAUGUCAAAACUGCAUUCAAAAGAGUGGUUGGAGCCUUUACAAUUUUGCUUCCCAGGAAAAGCAAGGCCGACGACAUUGUAAAUGAUGCAGGCAAAAGCAACAAGCAAGUCGGAGGGAUAUCCUUUUCAACUGAUCUUUCAACAGGAAGUAAGAGUUCAUCGGUAUUCAAGUCCUCUAGUACCCAUGGAUCUUCCAGUGCCACAAGUGGAAUGGUUGGGGAAGGUGGUUUCUCCAUUCAAGAGAUUUUUAAGAUGACCGAUAAUUUCUCGCCUGCAAAUAAGAUUGGAGACGGUAGCUUUUCUACCGUAUACAAGGGGAGGCUCAGGGAUGGAUCUUUUGUUGCAGUGAAGCGUGCUCAAAAGAACACAUAUGACAAGCGUUUGUUACUGGAGUUCCAGAAUGAAGCAAUUACCCUGUCCAAGAUUGAACAUCUGAAUUUGGUGAGAUUUUAUGGAUACGUGGAGCAAGGAGAUGAGCGAAUCCUUGUGGUUGAAUAUGUUGGCAAUGGAAAUCUUCGAGAACAUCUGGAUGGUAAGAAAGGAAGUAUACUUGAAAUUGCUGAACGGCUAGAUAUUGCGAUUGAUGUGGCUCAUGCAGUCACUUAUCUUCACACGUAUACAGAUCCUCCAAUAAUCCACAGAGACAUAAAAGCAUCGAAUGUUCUCAUCACAGAGAAACUCCGAGCCAAAGUGGCAGACUUUGGGUUUGCGAGAUUGACCACAGAAGGUUCUGAUGCUACUCACAUUUCUACUCAAGUCAAAGGAACAACAGGCUACUUGGAUCCUGAAUACUUGAGGACAUAUCAACUCACUGAAAAGAGUGAUGUCUACUCUUUCGGUGUGCUUCUUGUUGAACUGAUGACAGGAAGACACCCGAUUGAACAAAAGAGAUCGUUAAAAGAGAGAGUCACCAUAAAAUGGGCAAUGCAGAGUUUGAAAGGAGGAGAUGCCAUUUUUGUCAUGGAUCCAUUACUAAGGAGGAGUCCUGGAUCAACCAUGGCAAUGGAGAAGGUGCUUAAAUUAGCACGCCACUGCCUAGCACCUUCAAAACAAUCAAGGCCUUCCAUGAAGGACUGCAGUGAAGUGCUAUGGGGAAUUCGAAAAGACUUGAGAGCAAGUGGUCCAUCUUCUUCUGCUUUCAUUUCUCACCAAUCUGCAGACUUUCCUCGGAGAAAUGAAAAAAAGAGUCGAGAAGCAGCAUUUGGUAUUGAAGAUGGUGGGGGCUAUAAAUUCAUUUCUGCAUGAAGCGGUAAUUUAUGGGAUUUGCUUGUCGAUUCUCUUCUGUAAAUUUCCCGUGAGGAAAAAAGAGAACCCGAAUCCUACGCAUAAUAUUCAUGCUGAUAGCCGAUAGGCAUGAAAUAUAGAUGAACCUUUUUUUUCCCCCCUGAAAAGGAACCGCCAAGACCUCUUGUGGGAGAGGGACAUGAGUGUCAGUUAAGCCGUGUUAAGUGGAUGGUCUCUCCACGUCGGAUACCCCAUAGUAAUAUUUAACAGGUUGUAUAGAAUCCAAAUGAGUGGUUGUGCCUUUGACAUUUGCAAUCUCUUUGGCAUCAGUAACCUCACUGUAAGCUAAUUUUGUUUAAUUGUUAUUCUAACAGAAGUACUGAAAGACAUCUCAAA